AUGGCUUGUUUGGAAUAUAAAAUUAAGAGGAAGCAGAAGAAUAAAAAAAACAAAAAAAAAAGUAUAUUAAAAGAGAAAAAGAAUAAAAUAUUUCAAAAUAAUGAGAAUAAUACUAAAGAAAUAAAAAAAGUCAAAGAUGAAAAAAUGAAGAUUUUUGAAAUCAAAAAAAAUAAAAAUAAUCUUAAUAAAGUAAAAAAAGAAAUUAAAAAAAAAAAAUUAAAAAAAAAAAAAGAAAAGAAGAUCAAUAUAGAAUUGGAAAAUACUAAUAAUACUAAUUCUGAAAAAUGCUCAAAUAUUAUAGAAAAUAGUUUAAACGAUUUAAAAGGUAAAUCCAAUGACACUAAAAAGGAUUCAAAAAUUAAUUCAUUAAAUGAAUUAAAAAAUGAUUCAGAAACAUCAAUAGAAAAGUUUGAAAAUGAAAAGAAAAUAGAAGUUAAAUCACAUGAAGAAAAUACACAAGAAACCUUUUAUAGUGAAGUAAAGUUUGAAGAUUUAGAUAUUUGUGAUGCAUUAAAAAAAGGGUUGAAAGAUUUAAAUUUUGUUAAAUUGACAGAAAUUCAAGCAAAAUGUAUUCCUCAUUUUUUAAAUGGUAAGGAUAUAUUGGGUGCAGCUAAAACAGGUUCAGGAAAAACCCUAGCAUUUCUUAUACCAUCUAUCCAUAUCCUAUAUAAUAUAAAAUUUUUACCUAAAAAUGGAACAGGAGUUUUAAUUAUAUCACCAACAAGAGAAUUAUGUCUUCAAAUAUAUCAAGUUUGUAAAGAUUUAUGUAAGUAUAUACCUCAAACUAAUGGUAUUAUUAUUGGUGGUAUGAGCAGAAAUGAAGAGAAAAAAAAAUUUGUUCAUGGUAUAAAUAUUUUGAUUGCUACUCCUGGAAGAUUAUUAGACCAUAUGCAAAACACAAAAGAAUUCGUAUAUAAAAAUUUGAUAUGUUUAAUUAUUGAUGAAGCUGAUAGAUUAUUGCAAAUUGGUUUUGAAGAAGAAAUUAAUUUAAUUAUAAAAAGAUUACCAAAAAAAAGACAAACUGCUUUAUUUUCAGCUACUCAGACAACUAAAGUGGAAAGUUUGAUUAGACUUUCUUUACAAAAACCUAUAUUCAUAGAAGUAACUACAAAAAUAGCAACUGUGGAAAGAUUACAACAAGGAUAUGCUUUAGUUGAAGAAGACAAAAGAUUUCUUUUGUUAUUUACUUUUUUAAAAAGAAAUUUAUCAAAAAAAAUAAUGGUAUUUUUUAAUAAUUGUAUGUCAGUUCAAUUUUAUAAUGACUUACUAAAUUACAUUGAUAUUCCAACAUAUUGCAUUCAUGGUAAAAAAAAACAAAAUAAACGCUUGAAAAGUUUUCAUGAUUUUUCAAGUGCUCAAAGUGGUAUUUUAUUAUGUACUAAUGUAGCUGCGAGGGGGUUAGAUAUACCCAAUGUUAAUUACAUUAUUCAAUACGAUCCACCUGAUGAUUCAAAAGAAUAUAUUCAUAGAGUUGGAAGAACUUGUAGAGGAAAUAAUUCCAAUGGAUCAGCUAUUAUAUUUUUAAUGGAACAUGAAUUAAAGUUUUUAAACUACUUAAAAUUUUAUAACAUACCAAUAAAUCAAUUUGCUUAUGAUACAAAUAAAAUUAUAAAUAUACAGUCACAUAUUCAAUCGAUUGUUACAAAAAAUUUUCAUUUACACAAAAUGGCUAGAGAAGCUUUUAAAGCAUAUUUAAAUAGUUAUAUUACUUACGCAUUGAAGGAUGUUUUUGAUGUAAACAAUUUGAAUUUACUUUUGGCUUCCAAAAAUUUUGGAUUAGAAGUACCACCAAAAGUUGAUUUAAAUUUAAAAUUAAAUAUAAAAAAAAAGAAAUUUAAAUAA